UCAUGUUUCUCAGUACAGUUUGUCAGAGCCCAGCUUAGAGCUUAGAGCGACAGGCACCAGUGAGACUACACCAAAUGCAUACAUCCUGAGCUGACAGGGGGACAUCAGAAGUUUUCUACCCCAGAGAGAAGCUGCUGUUUGGGGCUGCGAUUGGUCAUAAAACAGCCCAGUACCAUGGUUCUGCCUCCCGGCCUGCACAGUGGCACGGGAGUCUUAAGGAACAUCUCUUUGCACAGAUACCCUGCUGGAUUACUGCGUUACAGGACACAGCUUUGGGAGCCUGUACAUGUGUGUGGAGCCCGGAGAGACAUUUUGUCAGUGUGAGCGUUUUGUAAUCACACACAUGCUUUCCUGAGGUGUUUGGCCAUUUUAUUGGUUAGUGGAUAUUGAGCUGUUAAGUGGACUUCUUCACUACAGUCCACUUGAUUUCCUCUCAGCGGUUGUUUAGCUGCCGGGCAAGCUGAUCCGUUUGUAGUCGCCGUGUCAGUAGCCGCACUGGUGGCCCUGCCUGGUGGGGGGUUACGCGUCCCGUCCCCCACCAUGAUGAUCAAGGAGACAUCGUUACGCCGGGACCCUGACCUGAGGGGAGAGCUGGCCUUUCUGGCUAGGGGGUGUGACUUUGUCCUCCCCUCGCGCUUCAAGAAGAGACUCAAGUCCUUCCAGCAGCAACAGGUCCAGUCCAAACCGGAGAAGAAACCAGGCACACCUCCGCCAGCUCCUGCCCUGACCCCUUCCACACCAACCCCCGCUCCGCGCUCACCCAGCCCUCCUCCGGCUCCGGUGAUAGUCACCCCUCCUCCCCCUGCCAUCAACAUUCCCAGGUUCUACUACCCCCGUGGACUCCCUGCCAUGGGCCCGGCCACCAACCACGACGCAGCCAUCGCUGCCAUCGAGACGGCCUUCACUGAGUUUGAGGAGGAGAAGGCCGACAUAUAUGAAAUGGGCAAGAUCGCAAAGGCAUGCGGGUGUCCACUUUACUGGAAGGCCCCCAUGUUCUACUCAGCAGGUGGUGAGAGGACGGGCUUUGUCUCUGUUCACUCCUUCAUUGCAACCUGGAGGAAGUUGUUGCACAGUUGCCACGAUGAUGCAUCCAGGUUCAUCUCCCUGUUAGCCAAACCCAGCUGUAACUACCUGGAGCAGGAGGACUUCAUCCCUCUCAUGCAGGACAUCGUGGAUACACAUCCUGGGCUCACGUUUCUCAAGGAUGCACCUGAAUUCCAUUCCCGCUACAUAACAACGGUGAUCCAACGGAUAUUCUACGUGGUGAACCGUUCGUGGACGGGUCGUAUGACCAUGAUGGAGCUGCGCAGGAGCAACUUCCUGCAGACCUUGGCCCUGCUGGAGGAGGAGGACGACAUCAACCAGAUCACUGACUACUUCUCCUACGAACACUUCUACGUCAUCUACUGCAAGUUCUGGGAGCUGGACACUGACCAUGACCUCUACAUUGACCCCAAAGACCUGGCGAGAUACAACGACCAUGCAUCCUCGAACAGAAUCAUUGAAAGAUUGUUUUCAGGGGCUGUUACUCGGGGUAACGCUGUGCAGAGGGAAGGCAGGAUGAGCUACGCCGAGUUCGUCUGGUUCCUCAUGUCUGAAGAAGACAAGAAAAAUCCCACCAGUAUAGAGUACUGGUACCGCUGCAUGGACAUGGAUGGCGAUGGUGUCCUGUCCAUGUUUGAGUUGGAGUAUUUCUAUGAGGAACAGUGUGAGAGGAUGGAAAGGAUGGGCAUUGAACCUCUGCCCUUCCAGGAUUUGCUCUGCCAGAUGCUCGACCUGGUCAAACCUGAGAGUUUAGGUAAGAUAACCCUCGGUGAUUUGAAGCGCUGCCGGAUGGCCCACAUAUUCUUUGACACCUUCUUCAACCUGGAGAAAUACCUGGACCACGAACAAAGAGACCCAUUUGCUGUGCAAAAGGACAUUGAUAGUGAAGGUCCAGAGCCAUCUGAUUGGGAUAAAUACGCCUCAGAGGAGUAUGAGAUACUGGUGGCGGAGGAGACUGCAAAUGAGCAGCUACAUGAGGGGUCCUUUGAUGACGACUAUGAAUCCGAGGAGCUUCAAGUCCCGGGAGAGAUUGGGAAUAAAAUGGAAAAACUGGUCAUAUCAGACCUGUCGGCAUGAAACUCCUUCCCUGGAAUUCCUGGGCCUUUCUUUCUGGAAGACAAACCGGAACAGAAGCGAUCGAAGGUCUCUUUGGAUGGAUGCAUCAAAAGAUUCAUGGACGUGAAGACCGAGAGAGAAACCGGUUUUGGCAUCUGUUUCUCGAUGACUGUGGAGUCUCCUCAGAACAGACUCGGUUUUUUUGUGUGUGUGUGUGUGUGUGUGUGUGUGUGUGUGUGACCGCAAACCAGUGCUGUUCUGUGUCUGGUGCAAUAACUGCAUCUGUAUUCACAGAGAAAACUUUUCACUGCCUCCAAGCUCUUCGCUCCGUCCGAGAGAAGAAAGCCA